UCUCAUUAUAGCUGUACAUUAUGAAACCAGGACCAAACAGGAAGCUCUCGCGAUGGCGGAAAGAAAUUGUUGCGUAUAAGGAAAAAAACAAGAUGUGCUUAUCAACGAUGCGUAACUCGCCAAGGCCGAGCUCACCGGGAUUUAAUGAUUCGACGAAAAACGUGAAGGAACGAGCGCGGUACGAGCCGCAAAGAAAUCUGAAAGGGAACGAUUCGCCAUGCGGCACUGAUUUAUCCGCUCGUUUAUCAUUCGCGAAACGUGCGCGGGAAGUAAAAGCGGCGAACGAGGCGGCCGUAUUUAAAGAGGAUUACCCGCGUGACGAUAAAUCAAUCGAAGAUGAUGAACGGCCAAAUAGAUCGCGCGUGUCCGAACCGUCGAGAAUGUAUCGAAAGUUCAUUUCGGACGCCGAAAAACACGGGAGAAGAGACGUAAGAAUCUCGCGUGUUAAGGGAAACUUGGAGCAGCCUAGUGAGCAUCAGAAUCAAGUCAUUAGCGACACGCACGAUGAUUGCAGAAUGUCAAAUCAAGAGGAAAUCAGGAGGAAAAUCAAGAGGAAAAGGAUCUCCCGAGGCGUCCAAUACGACGCCUCAGCUGGGCGUCAAAGUCAGACUGGCUUCCGAUUUCUUCUCCUGAACUGUUUUACAUCAAAGUCAAGCGGGGAAAAAUAUAAUUCAACGCGGAAAAUAAAGAAGAGAGAAAAACGUCGAAACCGGAGGGAAGAAAAUGACGGCUCAAAGAAUCGCAAAACGAAGAGGAGGAGUCCCUUUAAAAAGUUGAUUCGAAUUUUAACGCGUGAUCCAAAGGUGCAACAAGACGUAUCGCAGUGCAUUCCCAGUACCGGUGACGACUUUCCAGGCGACAAGGAGGAAACUGUAGAUUCCAACUUGCAGAAUAAAGGCGCAAGCAGCAAUCAUGAACACGGAGAUGAUCCGCGAGGCGAGUCGGGCGUAAAAAUUUUCGAUAAAACCGAUUCGAAUGACGCACGGAGAAGCGCAAGUGUAAAUUCUGACGAAGAAAACGACGUAAGUAAGGCGAGGAGAAGACUGGACUCCUGCAUCGCUGGAUUGAACGAGAUCAUCGGCGAUGCCUGCGCGAUAUUUGCCGGCGACAGUGGCGCAGCGAGGAAGAAUGGAUGCCGAACGCGCGACGCGAGUGACGUCGGCAGGCGCCGAGUGAAUUUCUAA